ACCCAUCCUCUUUGCAUUAGAGUAGGCAUGUGAAAUAAAUAAAAGACCAGCUGAUGAAGGUGUUUCCAUUGUUUUGUGCAUAAUUUCAAGUUUUUUAUACAUUAAUCGGAAGUGUAUAUCCCAUUGGAUUACUAAUUAAAAAUAGACAUGCAAUCAGAAAACAUUGGAACAUCCAACGAAUCGAGACUGAAUAUUCCAACACUUUUUAUUGGCCUCGAUGGAGAACCGGCUGAUACACAGUGUUUAUUAUGCGAUGCUAGUUUUAUUCUUCCGACUGAUGAAGAACAAUUUUUGAAACACAUAUUUCAGCAACACCGAAUGGUUAUUGGAGAUGUUUCGAAUAUUGCCAGCCUUAGAAGGUUGUUUUUCAGCUACGUUAAUCAUUGGAGAGUGAAAUUCACCGAUACAUCAAUAACAGAGUUCUGUACUACAUUAUUAACGAACUGCACUCCAGAUGGCAAACCCAGUGAGAAUGAAGCUUACUUUUUACUUUCGGACUGCCUACCAGAAGAGAAAACGCUGAGAGAUGAAAUACACCGGGCUAGAUUGGAAUUAGGAUUAGCCCAACAAGCUCAGGAAAGGAAGAGCACAGAUUUUCAACGUAGAUGUAUGUUCUGUAAAAUGGAAUAUUCCGGACUACGUUCGAAUUAUUUGAAACAUCUUGUAGACAAACAUCAUAUUCAAUUAGGAAAACCGGAAAAUUUGGUGUUUGUUGAUAAGCUGUUGGAUAAACUUCAAAAUAACAUUGACAAAUUAACAUGUUUCUACUGCGAGAAGUCAUUCAAGAACCGGACCAUACUGAAGGAGCACAUGCGAAAAAAAUUGCACAAGCGAAUAAAUCCACAUAAUAAAUCAUAUGACAGAUUCUACAUCACAAACUAUUUGGAGUCAAACGAUAACUGUCGGCGGAAGCAGACCAUUUCGGAAUUAAAGGUGAAUCACACCAACGAAGUGGAGUGUACGGACAAUCAAGAUGAAGAGGAUAGCUGGGCCGAUUGGAAGGAGGAAAAUAUUGUUACCUGCUUGUUUUGUUGUAAUAAGAAUAAGGAAUUUGCAGAGAUUUUGAAGCACAUGCAAUUCGAGCACAACUUUGACUUCAGCAAUGAAACUAGCAGUUUGAAUUUUUAUUCUAAAGUGAAAGUGGUCAAUUAUCUGAGAAGACAAUUUUAUGAAAAAAAAUGUGUUUAUUGUGACUUAUUUUGUGAAGAUGUUCCUCAACACAUGAACAAAGAGAAGCACGUCAAAUUGCCCGCUACUCAUGUAUGGAAUCAACCGGAGUAUUACUUCCCGACCUCUGAGGAUGAUUCAUUCUUAUAUCAUUUGGACUGCGCCACCGAUGAUGAGAACGAAGCAAAUAUAUGACAUCAUCCGUUAUGACAUAAUAUGACAAAAUAUGUUGGUAUUCCCUAACUAAUGCCUCGAAUGCCUUGCUUUUAUUAAUGUAUUGUAAUUAUUCUGUAAUAUUUUAUUAUUUUUACUGUGAAUUUCAUGUGCUUACAAGUAUUGAGAAAUUGAUAACUUGGCGACCAGAAAAGUCCAACCCCUCUAAAUCAAAAAAUAAUUUUUUUAAAGAAAAUCAUUGAGAAGGGCGGCGCACAUUGUUUUAUUUCCCAAAAUUGGAAAAUAACAUACUUCGAUACACAUGCAACAAGAUGAUAAAGCAUGCGAAGUUAGCGAAUUGAGGGAAAGCUGAGAUCACUUUCAGCGAGUGGGAAAUUGUGGGCAAUUGUACUGUUUUCCUUUACUAGUAAACGAGAAGCGUUUUGCUGGACAAGUUUGAACUUUCCGUUUGCAAGUAGAUGAGAAAACCUUUUUCAACGUGGGUUGAACGUAGCAUGAAAGAUGAGAAUUAAGGGCCAAUGUCAGAAUAUUGAUUAACAAAUCAAACAUAUAAAAAUUGAAUAAGAAAGCGUCGAAAAAAUGUUAAUCCUUUCUUAUUAUUCCAUUUUUGUAAGUGUGGAAUGGAUCGGUUAAAUGAUUUUUAGUAGAUCUAUAUAAAUAUACUAGCUGACCCGGUAAA